AUGGAUGGAAAUUGGACAUUAUUCCCACACAUAGGUUUACGUUCUCCUAAUUUAACAAACACCACCGUGACUCUGCAGGAAAAUUUCGAAAUAGAUCUUGAAGACACAAACUGGAUAUUAACUUCUUCGUUCAUUAUUUUUACAAUGCAGACGGGUUUCGGUAUGUUGGAGUCGGGAUGUGUAUCAAUUAAAAACGAAGCUAACAUCAUGAUGAAGAAUUUGAUAGACAUUUCCCUUGGCGGUCUGACGUAUUGGAUUUUUGGUUACGGCCUGUCCUUUGGCCAAGGCCCGGGGUCGAAUCCAUUCAUUGGCGUGGGUGACUUCCUUCUAGACCCACCAGUUGGAGACCCUCUCAUGGGACCCGCGUUUGCCUCCUUCCUCUUCCAACUAUCUUUUGCUACCACUGCCACAACCAUUGUAAGUGGCGCUAUGGCUGAAAGGUGCAAUUUCAAAGCAUACUGCGUGUUCUCCUUUCUAAACACAAUCGUGUACUGCGUGCCGGCUGGCUGGGUGUGGGGCGAACACGGCUUUCUGAACAAGCUGGGCGCCGUGGACAUCGCCGGUUCGGGUCCUGUCCAUCUAAUUGGAGGAUCAUCAGCUUUUGCGUCAGCGCUGAUGCUAGGACCUCGGUUGGGUCGAUAUGCACAUGGUACUGCGCCGCUGCCCUUGGGGAAUCCUGUCAACGCGGUCAUGGGAACAUUUGUCCUCUGGUGGGGAUGGCUGGCCUUUAACUCUGGAAGUACUUAUGGAGUUAGUGGUGCUAAGUGGCAGUAUGCGGCACGAGCAGCGGUCAUGACUAUGAUGGGAUCCUUCGGAGGUGGUUGCUUUGGAAUACUAUACACAAUGAUCAAGAACAAAGGACGAGCGGACGUGAUGGAACUCAUUAACAGCGUCCUGGGCGCUCUUGUUUCAAUCACUGCGGGAUGUUUCUUAUACCGUGCUUGGGAAUCUCUAGUGAUCGGUAUGAUAGGGGCGGCUAUAUCGUGCGCCAGCUCCAUACUCUUCGACAAGAUGAGAAUUGACGAUCCUGUUGGUGCUUCUGCUGUUCACGGAGCUUGCGGAUUAUGGGGUGUUUUAGCUGUUGGACUAUUCGCUGAUAAUCCAAUACCAAUGGACACGACUAAAGGAAGAUCAGGUUUAUUCAAAGGGGGCGGCUGGUACCUACUAGGAGUGCAGACGCUGACAGGAGUGUUUCUGAUGACAUGGGGCACGCUAGUGACGAUGCUGCUGCUGUGGCUCAUCGACCGGGCGUUGCCCAUCCGCAUGGACCCCUACGACGAGUUGCUCGGCGCGGACCUCACCGAGCACAGGAUACGACAUGGACAGGUUGGAGUUUCCCGUGCUGUAUCCGCACUUCGCCCAUUUCAUCGUUCUAACAGCAUUGAGGAAGUUGGAGGUAUAGGCAUGAACACGGGACACAACUUAAUUGUUGAUAAGCUGUAUGAGACGAAAAGGAAAAGUAAAACUAAUCCGGGCGCUACUUUACAAACGUUCACAAAUAACGCUUUCGUGGACGAAAAGAGCGAAGCAACAUUUGAAAAUAACGGAUUUUUAAACAAACGUCCUGGCAAUCCCCAAAACGAUCUUCAUCGCGCUCUUGACUCUAUGGCAGAUGAAAUAAAUGGCACCAAAUGCAAAAAUGAAAAUGAUAAAGGUAAAAGAUGUAGUCAUAAAACUAACGACGGUACUGUCGUUCAUGCAAUACCAGAGGAAAUCAAAGGCAAAAAAUUCAAAGAAUUAACCGUAAAAGAACUCGAAGAACUGGGCGAAAUCAACGCCUGUCAAGAUCGUUUCAGAUACCGAUACACAGAAGACGAUUAUAAGAACGACGUAAUAAGAAGUAAUACACCUAGUAUUAACAUGAGAUGGAUUGAUUGA